GUUUGUUUGGAAGAUAUUGCCAGGGCUGAAAGUCACGGCUAUCCAGACAAGCUGCUGCCCAAGGUCUUGCUGCGGAAAGCUGAAUGUCUGCUGUGUUUGGGGAGGUUACAGGAUGCAGCAGCUGCCCUCAGUGUCGUGGAGAACAAAAUUGCUGUGGAUGGGAUCACAACUAGUCCUGCACUCCACACACUGCUGAAAAGGUUAAGUCAGCUGAAGAUUAAAAUACGUGAGAAACAGAGCUGUCCAGAGCCUGCAGGAGAAGCACGUGGUGAUGCUCAAAGCAAGUCAGAGGUCUGGGAAGAGAAUGACAGUAUUUCAGGUGCAUCUUCAUCUUUGAGCUUGAAUUUUGAUAUGGAGAGAGGACGUCACUUGGUGGCCUCCCAGGACAUCCUGCCAGGACAGAGCCUGUUGAAAGAGGAGGCAUUUGUAAGUGUGCUCUGCCCAGGGGAGAGCCUUCUGCUGCAGGACAGCAGCGAAACAGCGUGGGAUACUCGAGUCACUAAUGCAGACCUUUAUUGCCACCGUUGUCUGAGGCAGCUCUUGGCCUCGGUGCCUUGCCGUGGGUGCAGUUACGCCAAGUACUGCAGCCAGAACUGUGCAGACGUGGCCUGGGAGCAGUACCACAGGGCUGAGUGCUCCUUGGGAGCACUGCUGCUCACAUUAGGCGUUUUCUGCCAUGUUGCUUUGAGGACUGUUCUGCUGGCGGGAUUUGCAGAGGUUAGCAGGCUGGUGGAACGGUCCCACAAUGGUGACGAGGACCUUCAUAACCCUGAGGCAAGAUGCAAGCAUCUCAGUGGGGCACCAGGUACAAGAGCUGGUACCAGAGGUAUCCCUGGCUGUAACGACGAUGGUCGGUACCAGAGCUCUUACCAAGCUGUGUUCAACCUUUUGCCACACGCUGAGAAGCAUAGCCCUGAACACAAAUUCCUUUGCAUGCUGAGUGUAGUAGCUAUAUGCAAACAGCUGCAAGAAGCUGGCCUAGAGGCCGCUGUUUUGAAUCGGGAACCAUCUGAGAAGUGGUCUGAACCAAAGACAUGUGAAAAAACAUCGGGUGAAUUGUCUCCAGAGCUGAAGACGAUGGCAGAAGCGAUGCUGAGGCAUGUGUUGCAGCUGCAAUGUAAUGCACAAGCGAUCACUGUAAUGCAGGAGUCGGAGUCCGGAGGUGGUGCUGUUGUAAAUAAGAAGCCUGUGCGCCUGGCGACAGCCUUCUUUCCUGUCCUCAGCCUUCUGAACCAUGCUGCCACUGUCAGGGCAUCACAGCCAAUCCCAAACGGCCAAGAGAUUUUCCAUUGCUACGGGCCUCACCGAUGUAGGAUGAGGGUUGCUGAGAGACAACAGCUUCUCAGUCAGUAUUUCUUUGAGUGUCGCUGUCAGGCGUGCCUUGAUGAGUUAGAGUCUGAUGACAAGAGUGUGGCGUCCGUGAGAAACUCAUUCUGCUGUCCUAGCUGCCAGGCUCCAAUGCAGGGGGAAGACAUGCUUUGUUGUUCAAGUGAAGCUUGUGCAACCUCAGUCAGCAGAGAGAGCCUGUCGAGCCGUUUACGGGACCUUCAGCAACAAAUCCAGAAAGCUUUAGAGCUGCUAAGAGCCGGGAAGGCUGAUCAAGCUAUCAAAAUGCUCCUGAAGUGUCAGAUGGAUGCCAGAAACUUCUUGUCUCCAGAGCAUUUGCUGAUGGGAGAGAUGGAGGAUCAUCUGGCACAGGUCUAUGCUACUCUUGGGAAGUGGCAGGAAGCAGCCAGACACCUGGAGAGGAGUAUUGAGAUUGUGGAAAUGCAUCACGGGCCAUCAAGUGUAGAAAUAGGUCAUGAACUUUUCAAGCUGGCACAAAUUCUCUUCAACGGGUUUGCAGUUUCUGAAGCUCUGACCACGAUUCAAAGAGCAGAGGAGAUUUUGUCAGUGCACUGUGGUCCUCGGAGUGCUCAGGUCCAGGAACUACAAGAGAUGAAGACCUGUCUGUCAGAGCUUCCCAAAAGCGUCCUUCAGAGGACUUAAUUUCCCUGUUAAAGGAAGCUGCAGUGUGAUCUUUCAUCAAAGCUAAGUUUCAUGUGGUAGGGUAGUCAUGUAGUACAAGCUGGAAAAUCAUGUGUUACAACAACUUGAAUGAAACCUGAAAUGCCCUUUAGCGAGGCUGUUGUAAAUAAAAUGACCAAUUCUAACGUGA